AUGCCUCUGUCCCUAAACGACCUACUUUACCAACCCACUCCGGAGCGCCCUGCUCCUUCACCCGUCACGUCCCCAAGCGCCAGCUCACGCAUUGGUACAUCCACCAGUCGCAGCUCUAGCCCUGACAGCGACAGCGAGCAUGUGAUGCCCCAAGUGGGCGGUAGUGGGACUGCAACCACUUCACGAAAACGUCCAUACGAGGACUACACGACAUUUGCAACUCAGGCUGCUCGCAAUGUUCGCCUCAGGCCCGGCUCUGAGGGCGAAAAAGCUGUCGUUCAAUUCGCAAAGCUGUCGAGUCCAGCCCAACGGAUUGCUCUCUAUGCUAACCUCCAGUCAAUGUCAGAACAUCUCCACACCAUCAACCCAGCCGAUGCAAUGUACGAAAUACCAAGCAAGCUAGUGCACCGCAUUGACCGCUCUGCAUUCCUUACCCUUAUUUCGCCAACGUGUUCAAGGUAUCUGAAGCAGAGGGGGCCCCUCGGAAUGAUCUUGGAGCAUCUUGAGGCGCACCCGUCCUGGGGCCUCACCACUGCGAUCAAAGAAGACAAAAGCAAGUAUGACAUUAUUGUCAAAAAGAUCCAGAAGGCCCUCACCAAUCGGAGGAAUGCGAUCAAGUCGACUCUCAAAGCCUCGCUGGAAAUCAUAGCACCCGAAGAUCGCGCGACCAACGACAAAACUGGGAAGACGGAUAUUGUCCAACUCACCGACAACAUUCUGUCGGGAGGUGAUAGCUUGGUUGUGCGGCGACCCGCAGCCACACUGGCUAUGCUUGCUCGUUUCGCAUACUUGCGCGGACUCUACGUCGAUUCCAUUGAGAAACCCAAGGAGGAACCCGAACUGGUCAAGGACUUCUGGAAAGGCGUCGAUAUGAAGCUCCAGGAGGUUCGCGAGGUUAAAGAAACUGAGCAGCGGCUUUCAAGCUACUUCGCCGGGGUCCUGGAGCUGGACUUCGCUCGAUGGGGUGACAUCGAUCGCACAGGAAUCAGCACAGCUACAUUCGACCCUCUCGCAAACGAUGACGCCGCCAACUAA